AUGGGCAACGUGGCCGGCUUCGGCUACACGGAAAUCAACAAGCUCGAGCACUGCGCGCGGCUGCUCCAGAAAAACAUCCGCACGAUCGUGUCCGAGGCGCCCACUCUGGCGCAGCUUGCCGCCUACGAGAGCGCUGCGGCCGUGGACCGGUUCACGCAGCAGGAGGCCCGCGACAACCGGCUCGUGCGGCUCGUGGCCAAGCUCAAGACGUUGCACGCGGCGGGCCAGUUGGCCGUGUUCGACCGCAUUUUGUGCGACGACGUGCGCGUGGACACGCCGGCGGCAGCCGCGGGCACACCGGCUCCACGCGCCCCGCAGGCGCCCGAAAAGCCGCCGCCGGACGACGCGGAGCCCGCGGUGGAGGGCUUGCCGGCGCUCCCGGCGAUCCGCGGGCCGGCGUUGCGCCUGCGCGUGUUCCAGCACAAGUCCACGUGCGCCAACAAGACGUACCUCAACGAGCAGGAGAUCGUGGCCAGCCACAACGAGCGCUUGGAGUUCUUGGGCGACUCGGUGCUCAACACCCUCGUGACGUACAUCCUCUACGAGCGGUUCCCCGCGGCCAACGAGGGCCAGCUCUCGCAGAUCCGCUCGCAGCUCGUCAGCAACAAGGUGCUCGGCGAGUUUGCCGUGGCCUACGGCUUCGACAAGAAGUUGCGCUGCAACAUCGACGAGGACGCGUUGAAGACGGGGCGCCAGAAGGUGUUUGCCGACGUCUUCGAGGCCUACGUCGGGGGGCUUGCCACGGAGAGAACGUACGACCUCCAGGAGGUGCAGCGGUGGCUCGCGUUGCUCUACGCGCACAAGAUCGCCGUGGCCCUGAGGGAAAUGAACAGCAUCUGCGCGGUCGACAAGGAGGCCAAGACCGAGCUCUACUCCAUGAUCGGCACCGCGUCCCUGCACCCGGUGUACAAGGUCAUCACCAACGGCAACGGCGUCAGCACGCCGUUCAAGGUGCACUGCCUCAUGGAGGGCGAGUUCAUGGGCGCGGGCGAGGCCCCGAGCCUCAAGGAGGCCGGUCUACGCGCCGCCAUGUCCGCGCUCUCCAACAAACGCUUGGUGGAGAAAUACGGCCGCAAGCGUCUUCAGACCGACCGCUCCAUCUCCGAGGUCAAGCAGGACAAGGCCGCGCCCGGCGGCGCCGGCAAGCCCGCCCCCGUGUUUCCCUUGGUGGCGGGCAAGGCCGUGUUCCCCAACAAGUUUGCCAAAAACGAGGUCUACGCCUAUUUCGGCAAGAACCUCGGGCUUGCGCCCGAGUACAUCGUCACUUACGAGGAGCAAGAGAAGCGGUACAAGGCGGAGUUGAAGGUCAACCAGGCGGUGUUGUCCGUGGCGUACGAUACCGUGAGGCGAAACGCAAUCACUCGCGCUGCCACGGUGCUUUUGGAAAACAAGCACUUGCUCCAUGACAUCGUGAGCUUGGUCAACUGA